AUGUCCUGGCCAGAAGCGAUCCAACAAGCCCUCGAACGACGUGAUGCUCAGGAGAAAGCCUAUAACCGUAGGCUAGCACAACAAACUACAAUUCUUAAGGAACGGAAUGCGUCUCUACUUAAAGCUUCGACUUCAGUUAGUGGUAAUGGUGGUGGCCCAAAUGGACGUAAUCAAACUGGAGAUAUUUCUGUCGCUCGUGCCUACACUGCCUCACUCGAAGCACAACUUGCGACACUACGAGACGAAAUGACUGGAAUGUAUAAAACCCAAAGUCAGAAUGCCCAACGAUUAUUAGUGAUGAAUGAAACCUUACGUGAACGUGAUGAAAGAUCAAGAGCUGAAGAAGAAGAAUUAAGAUUAGUUCGUACAGAAGUAGCAAGGUUAAGGGAAAGAGUGGCUAAUCAUGCAGAAGCCAUGAAAGAAAAAGAUCGACAGAUUCAAAGUGUACUCGAUGAGCUGGCUACCCUUCAACUCGAACAUUCUGUCCUACAAGAAACAAAUACAAAGCUACGUCAAGAUAAUGCAGGAUUAGUACAGCGGUGGCUUGAUCAACGACUGGCAGAGGCCACACGUAUGAACGAUGCCAAUCAGUUUCUACUCGAUGCUGAGAAGAAAGGCUUACCCUCACAUGAACCUAAUCCAUCAAGUGAUCAACCUAAUCCACCUGAUCCAUGA